AUGCUCCGCAGCAGGGCCGGCCCUAGAGCCCGGCAACAGCAGCAGCAGGAGUCGAGCAAACGGGAGGUGUUGGAGUCGGACCUAUCAAGUGCAGUGACUCUCUUGAAAAACCUCCAGGAGCAGGUGAUGGCUGUAACAGCACAGGUGCAAGCUCUGACCAAAAAAGUUCAAGCUAGGUCUUUUCCUACAGAGAAGGGUCUCAGCCUCUUAGAAGUAAAAGACCAGCUGCUACUCAUGUAUCUUAUGGAUUUGAGCCAUCUCAUCCUGAACAAAGCCUCAGGAGGGUCACUCCAGGGCCAUGCUUCUGUUUUGAGACUGGUUGAAAUCCGCACAGUUUUGGAAAAGCUACGUCCCUUGGACCAAAAACUGAAGUAUCAAAUUGACAAAUUGGUCAAGACUGCUGUCACAGGCAGCCUCAGUGAGAAUGACCCCCUUCGUUUUAAACCUCAGCCCAGCAACAUGCAGAGCAAGUUGAGUUCUGAGGACGAGGAGGAGGAAGCCGAGGAAGGCCAGUCUGAAGUUUCGGGGAAGAAAUCUGUAAAGGGCACAGUGAAGAAAUAUGUCCCUCCACGUUUGGUUCCAGUACAUUAUGACGAAACAGAAGCUGAACGGGAGAAGAAGCUCUUGGAACGAGCCAAGAAGCGGGCUUUAAGCAGCUCGGUCAUUCGUGAGCUGAAGGAGCAGUAUUCAGAUGCUCCCGAGGAAAUCUGGGAUGCACGACAUCCUCAUGCUACUCGCCAGAGCCAGGAGGAUCAGCACAGGAUUAACUAUGAAGAGAGCAUGAUGGUGCGUUUAAGUGUCAGUAAGCGAGAGAAAGGCCGAAGAAAGCGGGCCAAUGUCAUGAGCUCCCAGCUUCAUUCCCUCACACACUUCAGCGACAUCAGUGCUUUGACAGGUGGAACCCCUCACCUGGAUGAGGAUCAGAAUCCUGCCAAGAGGCGGAAGAAGAUACCUAAGAAAGGCCGGAAGAAAAAAGGUUUUCGGCGGCGAUGGUGAUUGUGGUUGUGCAUAUAUAUAUUGUUUGUCAUCCUGGGAUACUUCUAAGUUUACUUUUUGUAGGUUUUUCCUUGUAAUUGUUUGCUCUGGACAUAUGGAAAGAUUUUUAUUAAUAAAAUUAUUUUUACUUACCA